AUGUUCUUAAUUCUGAGCUUGGUUUAUUUGAGUUUUGCUUUGAGACAGUGCUACAUAGAAGAUCUUUUUUACAACAGUUGUAUUAAAUAUUACGACAAAGAUAAUUCCACUGAUUGUGAUCCUAAUUUAGUCAUCACGAUUGGUACUGAAAUAUGUGAUUAUGGAUUCACCAACCACGACAUUUUCACUUCAGUAACGAUGGAAAAAGCAGUUAAAAUUGGUGAAAUGGCUUUUAGUGGUUGCACAAAGUUAGUUUCUGCAACAUUUGGGUUAUCACUCAAUUCUUUAGGAGUGAAAGCUUUUUAUGGGACACGGCUGACUACAUUUGACCUUAAAAAUGCCGAGAAAGUGUCCAACUCUGCUUUUGAGUCUGUGACCACUUUAACAACAGCUAAUGGAGGAUGUGAGCUUAAAAGUGUAGGCGACAGGGCCUUCUAUGACUGUCCCAUAACAACACUCUGUCCCAAUGAAAAUAAAGUGAGUUAUUGUCCUAAAUUGAUUUAUAUUGGAGAUGAAGCUUUUUACCAAACCAAUUUGAUAACAUUCAAACUUUCGAAUUAUUAUGGUGUGGAAUUGGGUACUUCAGUGUUUGCAAACACAAAACAAAUGACCACUUUUGAUAUGAGUGGGCAAACUAUAAUAACAGCGAAUAUGUUUGAGUCAAGUAGUAUAACGAAGAUUGUGGGGUCUGAAAAAGUGAAUUUUAUAAGAAAAGAUUCGUUGAAGUUAGCAACAGGGUUGACUCAACUUUCUACAGCAGAUCUUCUUUUAAUUGAAGAUAACUUGGAGUAUGUCACAACAAUAUUUUAUCAUGGAUUCUUUGAACCAAUAGUACAAAGCGGUGUUUCAAUCUCAACAAGCAAAAAAGUUUACUUAAGUGAAAAUUACACCAGCUCCAAAUUUCUUGGAAUACAACAAACAAGUUUUUCGUGUACAAGAUCUCAAUACUAUGAUAUUAAUACAAACACAUGUAUAGACUGUCAAACUGGGUAUUACAGUUUUGAUGGAGUGGAUAGUGAAUGUUUAUAUAAAGCAUCUCAAUGUGCUCCAUUUGGAUCAUGUGAUAUCAACGAUUGCACUGAUUAUCAAUGUGUAAAUUGUGGAAUGGGUCACUAUUAUCAUCCUGCGGGUCAAAGUUGUGUCAUAUCAUGUCAAGGGGUCGUCGGGUUUUAUGUUUUAAAUGAUGGAUUUACAUGUGUAAAUUGUCCUGAAAAUUGUAAGACUUGUACUGAGUCGUUAUUCGACAGUCCUUCAUUACAAUACACGUGCACACAAUGUCAGGAUGGAUAUGUAAUGACUAGUAAAGGGUCUUGUGUAGUAGAAUGUCCAACAUCAACAAACCAAGCUUAUAUGGAUGGAACGAUUCCUUGA